GCGCCGUCCUUUGUGCCUCAAAUUUCAACCUAUGUCUGAGUCUUCCCUUCUUUGCUCUCAAAUUUCAACUUCGUUCUAUUGGCCCAAAAAACACAAAAAGCACCAAAAAACCACAACAACAACAACAAAAUCAUUCACUCUUUUCCUUUCUAUUUUUUUCCUUUCCUUUUUUUCUCCCUCUUCUGAAAAUGAGUAAUGAGGAGGAUUGGGAUCUCUUUGCCAUAGUUAGAAGCUGCAAAGCUGCAAACAACACUGCACAAACUCCACAAGACACAACAAAAACUAGUAGUAAUAGCAUCAUGUCUACUUCUUCUACAACUUGCUUGGCCACUACUACUAUCACUGCAGAACAAAAUGAUGGUCCAUUUUCUUCUAACAAUUUUGUGCAGCCCAGGACCAAUGGUUUCCAAGAGUUAGAACAAUUGCUCAAUACCUUUAACCCCACCAUCACCACCACCACCACUACCACUAGUGCCCAUGGCAUCAAUUCUAAUAAUCCUCCCACUUUUCCUGAUUUCACAGCACCGCCAUCCACCCUUGGAGCCUCCACUUCUGGUUUUGAUGAUAGAUUCCACCACCACCAACAACAUCAACAAAAGCAGCAUAAUCUACUACAGGUUCAAGUUCCCCAAACUAGUACAACUACUUCUCUGACUUUAUUACCAAGCUCAGAAUCACAAUCACAAUCACAAACGCAAACACCCAGAUCAAGAAAAAGAAAAAGCCAACAGAAAAAAAUGGUAUGCCAUGUAACCGCAGAUAACCUCUCAUCAGAUUUGUGGGCAUGGCGUAAAUAUGGCCAAAAACCCAUCAAGGGUUCCCCAUAUCCAAGAAACUAUUACAGAUGCAGCAGCUGCAAAGGUUGUGUAGCAAGAAAGCAAGUAGAGCGAAGCUUAUCAGACCCCACCAUGUUUGUUGUAACUUACACCGGAGAACACAAGCACGCUAAACCGGCUCACCGGAACUCACUCGCCGGAAGCACCCGGAAACCAUCCACGCCUCGUUUAGCUGAGACCCAAGAAAAUAAUGAUACUAAGAAUCCUAAUAAUAAUAACAAAAAUAAUAGUCCUGAUGAGAAGGCUCAGAAUAGCAUUAAGUAUUUGAUUGGGGGUGUGUGA